GGGGAGAACAUGCAAACUCCACACAGAAAGGCCCUCGCCGGCCCCGGGGCUCGAACCCGGACCUUCUUGCUGUGAGGCGACCGUGCUAACCAUACAGUAAAUUCUGUAUAAGGAUCCCGCAUAAACCCGCAGGAGGAGAAAGCAGGAGCGCUGGAGGAGCAGGAGUUGAGACCUGCAUAACACAUCUGUCAACAACAUGUCGUGACUGUAUGCUGAUGCAUCGCUCCGCCUCCUCCGUCAGCCCUGCAGAGAGAGAGAGAGAGAGAGAGGCUCUCUUCUACUGCAACGCGUGUGUGCAGGCUGAGCUAGCAGACUAGUGAAGAUGAAAUCUCGGUGAAGGGUGAACAGAGGAGGGGGGGAGGGCGAAGUGGGAGACGCACGUGAGUAAAGGGGAUGUGAUUGUCAGGAGGCGGAGCUUAGCAUCAGGCAAUACCCUAUUUCUUUUGCUCUCUGCUGCUGCUCCGCUCCUCUCUCUCAUCUCGUCUCGUCUCAUGCUGCUCUCAUUCUUUUACCAAAGACUGUCUCGUUUCUGAGCAGCAGGAUUAAGACGUGUGUGGGUUUUUUUUUUCCCCCCCUCCUUUAAUGGCACCUUGCCUGCUCUCCUGACCCAGCAGCGUGUGUGUGUAGAGAAAGCGAAGGGCGGCUGGGGUGUGUCUGUCUGCACCGAGCGUGUAUGAGAGAGCAAGGAGAAAGGCGCCAGAGCAGCCGGAGAAGGAAGGAUGGUUUUGCCGAUAACGCUGCUCCUGCGAGUGUGUGUCUCCGGGCCGACCGAACCCUGGCCCCUCUUGCCAUGAGCCGGGUCACCCGCGUCUCCUGCUCCAUGCUCAACUGCUUCGGUGAGGAGGGGCCUCCCAGUCUGGAGUACAUCCAGGCCAAGGACCUGUUCCCCCAGAAAGAGCUGGUCAAAGAAGACGACAGUCUACAGGUGCCUUUUCCAGCUCUCCAAGGCGAAGGGGUGGAGUUUCUCGGCCGCGCCGAUGACGCAAUCAUCGCCAUCUCGAACUACAGAUUGCAUAUUAAGUUCAAAGACUCGAUUAUCAAUGUUCCUCUCAGGCUGAUUGAAAGCGUAGAGAGCAGAGAUAUGUUUCAGCUGCACAUCAUCUGUAAGGACUCCAAAGUAGUGAGGUGUCACUUCUCCACGUUUAAGCAGUGUCAGGAGUGGCUGAAGAGGCUGAAUCGAGCUAUAGCUCACCCCUCCCGCCUGGAGGACCUGUUCGCUCUGGCCUACCACGCAUGGAGCCUUGGGGGUUGCGCUGAUGAUGAGGACCAGCACCUACAUCUCUGCAGACCAGGUGAUCAUGUUCGUCACAGAAUGGAGAUGGAGGUGAGGAGAAUGGGCUUCGACAUGCAGAACACCUGGAGAGUGUCCGACAUCAACAGCAACUACAAACUGUGUUCCAGUUAUCCUCAGAAGCUACUGGUGCCAGUGUGGAUCACCGAUAAAGAACUGGAAAGUGUGGCCUCUUUCAGGUCCUGGAAGAGAAUCCCAGUAGUGGUGUACAGGCACCAGAAGAAUGGUGCAGUGAUAGCACGCUGCAGUCAGCCUGAGAUCAGCUGGUGGGGAUGGAGGAACACUGAGGACGAGUACCUGGUCACAUCCAUCGCCAAAGCCUGUGCACUGGACCCUGGAACCCGGGCAUCCUGCAGGACCCGAGGGGACGGGGCCGACUCAUCAGACUGCGACUUUGACUCCUCCCUGGCAGUGGGUUCAGGUCCUGAUGCCAGCACUGCACCACAGAAGCUGCUGAUCCUGGAUGCGCGAUCCUACACUGCCGCAGUGGCCAACCGUGCCAAGGGGGGUGGCUGUGAGUGUGAAGAGUACUACCCAAACUGUGAGGUGAUGUUCAUGGGCAUGGCAAACAUCCACUCCAUCAGGAACAGUUUCCAGUCUCUGAGAGCUGUGUGCAGUCAAAUCCCUGAUCCUGGCAACUGGCUGUCUGCACUCGAGAGUACACGCUGGCUGCAGCACUUGUCUGUCAUGCUGAAGGCAGCCACUCUGGUGAGCUCUGCCAUGGAGAGGGAGGGACGUCCAGUGCUGGUCCACUGCUCUGAUGGCUGGGACCGCACGCCUCAGAUUGUGGCUCUUGCUAAGGUCCUGCUCGACCCCUACUACAGAACCAUCGAGGGUUUCCAGGUGCUGGUGGAAACAGAGUGGCUAGAUUUCGGUCACAAGUUUGCGGACCGCUGCGGUCAUGGCGAGAACGCAGAGGACGUGAACGAGCAGUGCCCAGUCUUCCUGCAGUGGCUUGAUUGUGUCCAUCAGCUCUUAAAACAGUUUCCCUGCUGGUUCGAGUUCACCGAGGCCUUUCUGGUGAAGCUGGUGCAGCACACAUACUCGUGUCUGUAUGGAACAUUCCUGUGUAAUAACGCCCGAGAGCGGGAAUCUCGAAACGUCUACAAGCGGACAUGCUCUGUCUGGUCGCUGCUCCGUGCCGGCAACAAGAACUUUCAAAACUUUCUCUACAUCCCCUGCCAUGAUAUGAUCUUGCAGCCGGUGUGUCACACGCGAGCAUUGCAGGUGUGGACAGCUGUGUACCUGCCCACCUCGUCCCCAUGCACCGCAGCCGAGGACACGAUGGAAAUCUACCUGAGCCCUUCGUCCCAGGGAGAGGAGCUCACCUCGCGCUCACUCGACAGGCUACCCAAGACGCGUUCGAUGGACAACUUGGUGUGUGCUUUUGAAAAUGGCGUAGCCCUCACGCGCACCUCCAGCGAUCCCAACCUCAACAAGCACUGCCAAGAGGGACGGCCCACUCUGGAGCCAAUGAUGGGCCAGGGUGGCAGUUUUACAGACAACCUCGAGUUUACCUCCGACACCAAAGUGUGUAGUGAGGACCAGGAGGUGGUUCCAUCUGAAGAGAUGCCACCCUCACCCCCUCCAAAGUCUGAUCAGGACGGCUGUGUGAAUAACAGGCCAGAACCGUGUCUCACCACACAGCCUUUGCCUUCCUUGCCUCAUCCCUUAACUUUAGACCCGGUUUCUCCCUUGUCACAAGCCCCGCCCAUUUUGCACCAAGCUUUGCUUCAAAUCACCAGCCCUCCCCUCCCACCAUCACCACAGGAAGUGCAGGCGAGGACUGUUGAUACCACUUGCACGUUCACUACUACUGACGAUCCACCGAACUCUCCGAUCUUAAAUGGUGUGGAGAAGGAAGAGCGCGCCACCGAGACACUCGGAUUCCCUUCGCCUACUGCUGCGGAGCUUUUAGAGAUCAAAAAACUCACUGCUCUUGUCCAGUUGGAGGAUUCCACUGAAACCAUAAAGGAUGAGUAUGGCACCAUGGCAGAGCUUCAUGCUGUUCAGAAGGCCAACGCGGGAAAGACUCCAGUCUCAGGCCUGGCUACAAAUUAUGAGAAGUGGACUCAGAGUGUUAAACUCCUCCGUGCCCAGUCUGGGAGUACUAACGGAGGCUACAGAGAGGUUCAGCGAAACCUGAGCAGUCCAGUCCAGCCUGGAUGGAUGUCGGCAGUGAAAAACGCUGCACUCUGCACUUCUUCGUCCUUUUCCUCAGCCCUGGGACCAUCGUUCCGGCAAAAUCCGUCGGCGGCUCACUGCUUGGACGACGACGGCCUGCCGGUGCCACUGGACGCCGUGCAGCAGCGCCUGCGCCAGAUCGAGGCGAGCUACAAGCAAGAGGUGGAAGUGCUGCGGCGGCAGGUCAAACAGCUGCAGAUGAAACUGGAGAGCAGGCAACACAGCUCACCACCGUCUGAGCCAGACAUCUAUUACGAGGACGACAUUACAUGCCUCCGAGAAUCCGAUGAUGGUGACGAAGAGGAUUCGCUGUCGGCCCACAGUGAGGAUCGCCUCAGCGAGGGCAGCUGGGAUCGAGUGGAGAGAAAAGACACCGAGGUAACCAGAUGGGUUCCAGACCAUAUGGCCUCACACUGCUUCAACUGUGACAGCGAGUUCUGGAUUGCUAAGAGACGCCAUCACUGCAGGAACUGCGGAAACGUGUUCUGUAAAGACUGCUGCCACCUGAAGCUGCCCAUCCCCGAUCAGCAGCUUUACGAUCCAGUGCUCGUGUGUAACUCGUGCUACGACUUGCUGCUGGAGAGCCGAACGAGGGAACUUCGCUCGCAGCAGCUCAAGAAGCCCAUCGCCACAGCUUCGAGCUGAGCGCACUGAUCAGAUUCCCACCCUGUGGGCUUCCCAGGCCCCCUUACAUAGGUGCCAUGAGAGUCACCUGCUGUUUUUGGCAGAGCUGCAACGCCCACGCUAGCGAGUGAGGAUUCAUGGGUCGUUGUGAGCUGAAGCACUGCAAGGAAGUGGGCAAGAUGAAAUUGGACUGAGUCAGGGAGCGAAUUGAUGACUGACUGGAGCCUGAAAGUGAGAAAGAGGUGGGUUUUUUUUUUUUGUGGGGUUUUUUUUUUUGUUUUUUGUUUUUUUUAAUUGCACAGAGGAGCUGAACUAAUUCAUCAUCUCUCUUGUCGAGGGAGGAAAGCCUAAUAGUUGAAAAGUCCACCAGGGGGUGCUGUGGCUAAAGUGACCCUGAUGCGAAAAGUGGUUUCAUCUCAAAAAGAAGUCACAUUAUAUCCAUAACUCCAUAGAAGUCUGUGCUGAGACACAGAUUUAUCCCGCUCAGACUCGUAUUAACUCCAUCCACAAAUAUAAAUGUACCUUAGAGGACAAUCUCUCAUCUGCCCUUGAAGCCAGUGACUCCAAGGUGUCGUGCUCCACCCAGUGGCUCGCCGUAUGAAAGAUGAUGCUGCUGCUGCUACAGUAUUUAAAAGAAAUCUAAUUUUGUAUCAUUAUUUUGUGCACUCUAAGCUGUUGUAAAUUUGAGGGAAAAUCCGAGACCAAACCGAGGGGGAAAGGGAGAAAACGUGCGGUUUGUUUACUCUGUGGUCUGAACUUGAAUGUUUGUCUUUUUUUUUUUUUUUUUUUUUCCCCCUCUCUUUCCUCCAGUUGCUGGAUGUUGCCAUUUGAAACUGAUCUGAGGCCAGUUAUAAUGGGAAAAUCUUUGCAUGGGUAGUCGGAGCUUGUCACUGUGUCAAUGUGUGCUUCCUUACAAAAGAGGGAGACAAAUGAACACGAGCCAUGUGAUGGGUAGGUUUGCUUGUUUCUUUCUGUCCUGUUAAUGGAGAGAGAGAGAGAGAGAGAACGCACGUCAAUCUGGAUCCUAAAGGAUGCCUUAGCAAUGUUGUACUGUUCCUCCUCGUGCAAUACUGUUCUUAACAUGUCCAUUUCGCAGACUCUUCCUAAUUACCACCCUUUAAUAAUUUGCUGCCUGUGAGGUGAAUUGCAAUUCUAUUGGAUCAUCUAUGCCUCAUGGAGUGUGUUGUGUUUUUAUUUUAAGGAAAAGGGCAACUGGUGGUGCCAGAAAAAUGUCAAUUUUAUUAAAAGCGACCGGAUCCAUUACAAUAUUUCGAAUCAGAGUUGCUUUCUGUUGUAUGUACAGUUAUCGUCUUUAAGCAUUACAAAUGGCACCUUUUUAAUACCCGCCGAUUAACAUGCUAGUGUGGUAAUAAAGGAAAUAGGUUUUACAAAAAUCACUUAAACUCCUUUUCCUUGGCAUGUUAAAAACAGUGUUGAAACCCAGGGAGAGAUUCAAGUUUGGGUUAAAAUCAGAACCAGCGAAUUGUUCAGACCAGAGGAGAGUAAAGUUUCAUUUUGCGUGUCGCUGAAUUGGAACUUGCAGAAUAGCGUUAUAUGAACCCUCAACAAAAGCAACAACUUUUAUUCAUUUUUCUGUCAGACAUGGUUCCUCGCUGUAAAUGUAUUGUUUUAUUGUGUUCCUUGAAAUACUAGUGCCAUUUAUUUUCAUUUUAGGUUUUUUUCCUUCUCUCGUGGAAUGCACCAUGUCACUUAUCAGUAACAAUUAACAUGUAUAAUGGUACGAAUACUUAGCAAGUGAGUAUUUUCUGAGGUUCUGCGAUGCCUAAUGAUGUAGGUAUUUUCUUUCAAAUGGCAAAAACGAUGAAGGAACACUUUUUUUUUUUUUUUUUUUUUUAGAAGAAAAAAAACCAAACCCACUGUAAUAUAUAGUUAUCUGUACUAGUGGCUGGAAUUUGUCACUUAGUAAAUGUUGUAAAGAAUUGCACUGUUCAAGUCAAAUCCCAUGGGGCAAAUAAAAAAAAAAAGUCUGUGGGAUCUGCCUA